UCCCUCCAGUGGCUGAACAAUGAAAACGCCAAAACAACUCAGAAUCUCCUCUCUCUUCCGCCGUCUCUGCAGCUUCGAAAUUUGAAUUUAUUCAUCCGAUUCUCAUUUCACCUCUCCUCUCUCUCUCCCUGCAAACUCUUCUUACCGGUCGAGGAGAGAUUACACUUGCGGAACAUAUACAGACGCUUACUCUAUCAGUCCAUCCUCCUUUUUGUACGUAUAUAUCCGUUAAUUUUAUAAAUUUUCGACUUUCACUUGAUUUGAGUUUCCGAAAUCAAGUGCAGUGAUUCACUUCGGGCCUUCCAUUGCCCGGCAUCGGACUCUCAGAUCGCAUUCAUUCACAGUUGGUUUAAGUUGUCCAUGGUGUAAAGAUGAAGAAGUUGUUCUUUUUCAGAUCUUCUGCACUUGAUGGAGUGAACAAUACCCAAAUAUCACAACAAGCAAAAGAAAAAAACGUUGAUCGGGAAAAUACAAGUAUACUUGACAAAACUAGAAGUAAAAAGAAAGUCAUAGAAACUCAUUCUUCCAAUGAUAAACCAACUCUUAGGAGGAGCUUGUCAUUUUCUUCUGGAUCCCUUUAUGAUGGUUGGGCGGGACAAACAAAUUGUCAGGAUGAAAGCCGGUCUCCGUGUGGCGGUAAUAAUGGGCAGCCUAAAAAAUCAAACCGUAACUCUUCUCGUCGUGCACUUACACCUGAAAGGCUAUCACAUGCAAAAUUCUCUGGGAUUGAUGGUGUUGAAAAUUCUCACAAAGUGGGGAAUGGAGUGAAUGGUUUUAGUUCUACUUUUCAACCACGCCUUGGUUCACAUGAUAGCUCUUCUAACUGCUCCAGUAACGUUUCAAGCAAAGUUUUAGAUCGUUAUAUUGAUGGUGAGCAACAGGGUGUGCAAGUGCCAGCAAGACCUCAGAACAAAACACUAGCUUCACAACUCGAUGUUAAGAAACAGAAACCAAAGACUCAAUCUUUGGUAGAAACCAGAGGGUCUCAACUUCAAGAAUUGAUGGAGAAUAGUUUUCGGAAUGAAUCUCCCAGAAAAGUGGCAAAGAGAGUGGUGGAGAGACUUUCUCAAACCAGACUCUUGCCACCGAAAAGUAAAAAAGAAUAUGAUGCUGAUACUCCAAUCACGAUUGAAGAUAUCUACAGUGGGAAUGCAACUGCAUUUUCGGGUUCAUAUCUUGAUGGUACUUCUCAUAAAGACUAUUUGAUGGAUGUGUUAAAUGAGGUAACCAGUGAGAACAAUGAAAAAAUUCCAAGCCUCCAAGAGAGGAAAAUUUUCUCUGGUUACAAAUUUAAUGCCAAGGAUUCUGAUAUUGAUUUGAUUAGGAAGUACAAGGAUUCUGAGGAACGGGUAGUGGUGCUCUCUGAAGACUUUGAAGAACAGACCUUUUUCCAGAGUAGAGGAUUCAAUGUUCCUACAUUGAUCCAAAAAAUUAGAAGCUUGACAGAGGAAAAACUCCAAAUAGCCCGUGAGGUUUCAUCUGCAUUGCAAUGCCAUAUCACUGAGAGGGCUUCUUCUAGGGAAGAAAUGAGACUAUUAAGAACUGAAUUAGAUUCACAGAAGCAAAGAUUGGAAGAUGAGAAGAAUGAAUUGCAGUAUUCGCUGGAAAAAGAACUUGACAGAAGAACAAGUGAAUGGUCACUCAAGCUUGAAAGGUAUCAUGCAGAAGAACAUAGGCUUCGUGAUAGGGUUAGAGAGCUUGCUGAGCAAAAUGUUUCCCUUCAAAGGGAAGUCUCUUCAUUCAGUGAGAAAGAGGUGGACAAUAAAAGCAGGAUUUCCUAUUUAGAAAAUCAGCUUAAUGAACUUAUAGGAAGAUUAGAGGAACAGAGUGGGGAGAAUCAAAAUCUGCAGAAAAGUCUCUCUGAACUUAAAGAGAAGUACAGAAUAGUACAGGAAGAUCAAGAUUGCCUCCGAAGGAACUGUGAAGAGAAGGUCAAAGAGUGUAAGGACUUGCACCGAUCAAUAACAAGAUUACAGAGGACCUGUAGUGAACAAGAAAAGACAAUUGAUGGUUUAAGACUCUUCUGUGAGGAGAUAAACAAGAAACGAUCAGCGGAAGAGUUUGAUAACCAAUUGAUUAAGGCACGUGUGGAGCAUAUUAGGUUGGUGGGUAACGAGUGUGCUCUAAGGAGGGAAGUGGAAUCUUACAGGCAUGAAGUUGAUCAUCUCCGUCAUGAAAACAUAAACUUGUUGAAUCGCUUAAAAGGGGGAGGUCAGGAUGCUACAUUUAGGCUAGAUCAGGAACUACUGAACCGUGUUAACUGUUUGCAAACUCAAGGGAUAUUGUUGGUUAAAGAAAGCACACUUGUUUGCGAGAAGUUGCUGGAGUAUACAAAAUGUACUGUAGAUGGAGGGUCACAGGGGCAGUUUGUUAUCGAGACUGAUAUAAAGCUCCAAGGCUUCAAGAGGGGGCUAGAAAAUCUAUCAAGGAGCUUACAAAACGUCUCUUUUGUACUGAAUGAGAAGUCUAAAUUUCAGACUUGUGGUUUGGAGAACAAGACACAUCAAUCAGAUGACCACCAGAAAUUUGAAUUGGGACUGAAAUCAGAGACAUUGCUGACAAGUUUGUUGCGUGAGAAGCUUUAUAACCAAGAGUUGGAUAUGGAGCAACUUCAUGCUGAGCUGGCAACUGCUGUCAGAGGUAAUGACAUGCUCAAAUGUGAACUGCAAAAUGCGCGAGAUAACCUUUCAUGUGCAACUCUCAAGACCAAAAAUCUAGAACUUCAGGUAAUCAAGAAAGAUGAGAAUAUAAAAAAGCUUGAGAAUGAUCUUGAUGAAUGUAUAAAGGAGUUAACGGCCGUGAAGGGGAUACUUCCAAAAGUGACCCAUGAAAGAGACAUGUUGUGGGAAGAUGUUAAGCAGUACAGCGAAAACAAUAUGUUGCUCAACUCUGAGAACAAUGUGCUAAAGAAAAGAAUUGAAACACUAGAUGAAGAGGUACUCGUUAAAGAAGGUCAAAUUUCAAUUCUUAAAGACGCCUUGGAUAAACCAAUUGAUCUUCUUUCAAGUCCAAGGGAAUUCCUAGUUUGAAAUUAUGCUUACAGAGUUACAGGAUAUAGGAGGAGCUGUUAUAUGCCUCGUGUUCAUAAUUAUUGAGCAACUUGCUCUAUUUUUAUAGGUUAAUUCAUAUAUGGUUUGAUUUACCUUGUUGUCUGAGAUGGUUGUAUAGGAUUGAAUACAAAUACAACAUAUCUGGCUUGCUUUUGCCACUCUCAAGACAGCAAUAAUGUUUUGAAGAACUGAGAAGUUUUUUUUUGUUUUUUUUUUUUAAUUUUAUAACCCCCUUAUACUUUCUGAUUGUAUGUAAUUUGAGCCUGAGGAAAUAAAAACAAAAGUUUAUCUUCUUCCUAGCUUUUCCCUCACUGUAAUUUCGAAAGAAAUCUUUGGGCAAUAU